CCGAAAAUGUCCAUUGGAUUUUCCUUGAACUAAUCCGAAUUCACCGGUCACUGAAACACAGGCUUCGUGUCGCGAUGUCUACUCUACUCCACUCCCACUCUGCUUCUUCCUCCGCCUUCACUCUACCCUCGCCACGUCGUCGUUCCGCUCCAAUCAAUCCUCUCCCUCGAUUCUCUCGCCAAAACGCCAUCAGGUGCAAGCUCAUAGAGCCGUUGAAGUUCGAUAAUGGCAGAGCAACCAAUCAAACUGAGAUGCUUAUUGGCGGCAGCGGAACCGCCAUUCCGAGUUUUCUUGUAGCGCCCAACACGCGCGUGCAGGAUUUGGUCAACAAGAAUGAUACCCGUCUCAGAAUAUUCUCCGGUACUGCAAAUCCUGCUCUUGCUCAGGAAAUUGCGUGCUACUUGGGGCUGCAGCUGGGGAAAAUUAAGAUUAAGCGUUUUGCUGAUGGUGAGAUAUAUGUUCAGCUGCAAGAGAGUGUCAGAGGGUGUGAUGUGUUUCUUGUACAGCCCACAUGUCCACCCGCCAAUGAGAAUCUUAUGGAGCUACUCAUAAUGAUUGAUGCCUGCAGGAGAGCUUCAGCCAAAAAUAUUACUGCAGUCAUUCCAUAUUUUGGAUAUGCUAGAGCUGAUAGAAAGACACAAGGGCGUGAAUCCAUUGCAGCCAAGCUUGUAGCAAAUUUAAUUACUGAAGCAGGUGCAAACCGUGUUCUCGCUUGCGAUCUCCAUUCUGGGCAGGCCAUGGGCUAUUUUGAUAUUCCAGUUGAUCAUGUGUAUGGACAGCCAGUUAUACUUGAUUACCUUGCCAGCAAGACUAUUUGUUCAGAUGAUUUGGUAGUUGUCUCGCCUGAUGUUGGUGGUGUUGCUAGAGCACGUGCUUUUGCCAAAAAAUUAUCUGAUGCUCCUUUAGCUAUUGUUGAUAAAAGGCGACAUGGGCAUAAUGUUGCUGAGGUGAUGAAUUUGAUAGGUGAUGUAAAAGGAAAGGUAGCCGUGAUGGUAGAUGACAUGAUUGAUACAGCUGGAACCAUUGCCAAAGGUGCAGCACUAUUGCAUCAAGAAGGGGCAAGAGAAGUCUAUGCAUGCAGUACACAUGCUGUUUUCAGUCCUCCUGCUAUAGAAAGGUUGUCAAGCGGCUUGUUUCAAGAAGUCAUCAUAACGAAUACAAUUCCAGUGGCGGAACAGAAUUAUUUUCCACAGCUAACUGUCCUAUCAGUGGCGAACCUUCUGGGCGAGACUGUAUGGCGUGUUCAUGAUGACUGCUCAGUGAGUAGCAUAUUUCUGUAAAACAAUUUUGGUUGCAUAUAUGAUAUCUCACUGUACAUUUCAUCCCUCACAAUUUAAAUACUUGCAUGCUUGCAUUCGAUUUGUACAGUUGUAUUCUUCAGAUGACUUAUUUGUUAAUAGAUUAGUGUGUAAUUGUGUAUAACAGAAUUUCCUCAUUGAAUAAAUAUAUGCUGCUUUCCUUUGUUUAAAUUCUAUGUAUCCUUCAGUAAGCAACAACUUUUUGGGAAAAUUUCAUUCAUCUCCCCUUAUAAAACCAUAGAUUGACCUCCCUUAAGAUUUAAGUGGUUACCAACUCCUUACCCUUGUAGGACAUAUAAUACUAAUCUCAUUUUUAAGGGCGAUUAAUGUCAUUUAGACAAAUAAUGGGGGUCAAGAUAAAUUUCAUCAAUC